AAGACAGGGCUGGAGCGUGCCAAGUUAUGAGACGACGACGACGAUAACUCGGCCCCCAGUGUCUGGGGUCGUGCCGGGACCGGGAGGGGCGCGGCGGAUGCCUGGAGGGCCAUAAAAGGGGCCGCGCGGCGCGGGGACCGCUUUCUGCUGGCAGCGCUCCUUGCGGGCGGGCGGCAGCUGGGGACAGGCAGCCGUCCCGGCGGACAGAGGCUACCUGGACGGCCACUGCGCCCGGACUCGGGCAGGCGGACAGAGCGACCCCUGUUCCAGCGGACGCGGGCAGGACGCGGGGCCCUCUCGGGGGACAGUCAGGUGCKGGCUGGGCUGGGCGGGGCCGCGACGCCAGCAGGUGGGGCAGCUCCGAUUGACCCCGCAUGGCGGCGGCGGCGUGCGAGCCGAUGGCCAGGCCGAGUCUGACCUCCAUCUCGUCGGGGGAGCUGCGCAGCCUGUGGACGUGCGACUGCGAGCUGGCCCUGUUACCUCUGGAGCAGCUGCUGCGCUUGCAGCCCGGCGCMUUCCAGCUGCGCGGUGACCAGCUCGUGGUGCCAGGGCCCGAGGAGCCCGCGGUCGCGCGCGGGGGCUUCAAUGUCUUUGGCGACGGCAUAGUGAGACUCGACGGGCAGCUCUACCGCCUCAGCAACUACAUCAAGAGGUAUGUGGAACUGACCAACUACUGUGAUUAUAAAGACUACAGGGAAACUAUAUUGAGCAAACCAAUGCUGUUCUUCAUUAAUGUACAGACCAAAAAAGACACCUCGAAAGAAAGGACAUACGCAUUUCUUGUGAACACAAGGCACCCCAAGAUAAGAAGACAGAUAGAACAGGGGAUGGACAUGGUCAUCUCUUCAGUGAUCGGAGAAAGUUACCGACUUCAGUUUGAUUUCCAAGAUGUAGUGAAGAAUUUUUUCCCUCCAGGAACUGAGGUGAUUAAUGGAGAAAAUUUGAGUUUUGCGUAUGAAUUCAAAGCUGACGCCUUAUUUGAUUUCUUCUAUUGGUUUGGGCUCAGCAAUUCCACUGUGAAAGUGAAUGGUAAAGUUCUGAAUCUGUCGAGCACAAGUCCAGAAAAGAAGGAGACAAUUAAGUUAUUUUUGGAAAAAAUGAGUGAACCUUUAAUCCGAAGGAGCAGUUUCUCUGACCGAAAAUUCAGUGUAACUUCCAGAGGCUCAAUAGAUGAUGUUUUUAACUGCAGUCUGUCACCCAGAUCAUCUCUGACAGAGCCUCUUUUGGCAGAAUUACCAUUUCCAAGUGUUCUGGAAUCUGAAGAGACACCAAACCAAUUUAUCUAAUUGGACUGAACAUUCUAGCUGUCACUUUUAUGUUGCAAGCCUGUGCCAGACUGCAGGUUGAGGGGACGAGAGGAGGUGGGAGGUGGGCACUUCCACCCCUUUGCCAACUCCUGGCGCCCCCAUGGCUUCUGUGGGGGGCUCCUUUCUCCCAUUUCCCUGGGUGUGAUGCUGUGGCAGGCCCAACGUAGCUGGCUUCCUUCGAGGCUACAGUUCCCUGGAUGGAAGGGCUUUGGCUUGUGGCAUGCUUUGAACAUUUCUGCAAAGAGGCAGGGGAAGCCACAGGGUCCUGCCACCCUGAACUUUGCUCAGURCCCUGGCACCCUGGGAACUUUCCUGGAAACCUCUCUGGGAGUCCUCUGACUUGGUUGUCAACCUGGGAUGCUUCAUAAUUCAGGGUUUGCUCUCUGCUUGAGAUCUCCUUGUUUAUCCCCCAACCCAGAAAGCAUGGGGUUCACAGUGCUCUUCUCUUGCAAACCUGGUGGGUAAAAAACCUGUGCCAUCUUCCAUCCGGGAGGCAAGUUUGUUUUUYAUCCUGCCUGUGUGAAACCUUAUAGGAAACAUUCAAGGUAAGGUUUGCUGAAUGACUGGCCAGGCAGAUAGGACAGCAAUCCUGCCACCCACAGCCUGAAAUGGGAGGUCCCUUGGCCUUUCUCUUCUCCAAGUGGCACAUGGAGAAUGAGGCCAGGUGUUGUAGUACYAACUAUGACAGGGGAAGGAUAAGGUACAUGGCACUAUCCUCCUUACUGAAAGUACAUCAUGUCAGUUGGGCAUUUAAAAUAAGCUUUUUGYAAUCCUAACAUGAAAAGAAAAAUAGAAGAAAUCUAUAUAAUUACCAUACUACAUUUUCUAUCCAUAUAUUUUUCAUCUUAUAGCUAUGAUGGAAUUCUUCAAAAAGGAAAAAAAAAACAUAUCCUACAUAUAAAAACUUGUAUGAAUGGAUCACUACAUUUGCUCAUAAUGAGGGAGAUUUAUAGAUCCUGAAUAUCAUUUUUUUUCUGUCUUUUUU